AUUUAAGCGGGCCCGUCGUAAUGAUGAGGGCUUUCUGAGACUGAUUGAUUUCAAAACUUGACGGUUUCGAGUUUCACAGAGAUGAACCCUGAAGUGGAUUACGGAGGCUCCGGGAGCAGCGGGAACGGGAAACUGCGCCAGUGGCUCAUCGACCAGGUGGACUGCGGGAAGUAUCCCGGACUGGUGUGGGAGAACGACGAGAAGACCAUCUUCAGGAUACCGUGGAAACACGCCGGGAAACAGGACUACAACCGGGAUGAGGAUGCCGCGCUUUUCAAGGCCUGGGCGCUGUUCAAGGGCAAAUUUCGGGAGGGGAUCGACAAACCUGACCCGCCGACCUGGAAGACGCGGCUCCGCUGCGCCCUCAACAAGAGCAACGACUUUGAGGAGCUAGUGGAGCGGAGUCAGCUGGACAUCUCAGACCCGUACAAAGUCUACCGCAUCAUCCCCGAGGGCGCCAAGAAAAGACCCCGGCAGGAGGACAGCCCUCUGAGUCCAAUGGGCUAUCAAAUGCACUCCUAUCCUCCACUGCAGACUCAGAUGUCUCAGUACAUGGCCACACCUGAAUGUGGCUGGAGAGAUUACUGUCAGGAGCAGGCCUCUCUGCCGGACCUACCCUUCACCCAGUGUCCCUGUCCCCCCCGCAGCCUGCCCUGGCAGGGCCCGUCCAUGGAGAACGGAUACCAGCUCAGAGCCUCAAUUUACUCAUACGGUCCUGACAGCCAGCCCCCGCCUUUCACACUGGACGCCAGCAUCAGAUCAGCAGAGCCUCUCUCAGACUUCCGCCUGCACGUCUCUGUAUAUUUCCGGGACAGUCUGGUGAAGGAGGUGACCACUUCCAGUCCGGAGGGGUGCCACAUCACUCCGUGCCCCCCAGAGAAGCACUACCUGCCGACCGGAGGUCCCGACGUGGUCCCCCUGCCUGUGGACAGCCUCUCGGGCCAGAGGAGGGCAGAGGAGUGUCCCCCGAGUCCCCCGUCCACCCUGGAGAGGGGGGUGUACCUGUGGAUGGGCGCAGAUGGUCUCUACGCUCGGAGGAUGUGUCAGAGCAGAGUGUACUGGCAGGGGGGGCCGUCCCCGUAUGGAGACAAGCUCAACAAGCUGGAGAGAGAGGUCAACUGUAAACUCCUGCACACCCAGGACUACCUCACAGAGAUCCAGAGUUACGGGCUCCACGGUCGGCCCCUGCCUCGUUUCCAGGUCCUGCUGAGUUUCGGAGACGAGUGCCUGGACCCACAGAGACAAAGACGGACCCUCACUGUCCAGGUGGAGCCGCUGUUUGCCAGGCAGUUCCUGUUCUACGCCCAGCAGGCGGGCAGCUCCUUCUACCGCAGCUACGAUCACCCGGAACACAUAAACCCCUCGGAGGACUACCAGAGGGCCAUCACACACCACCACAGCAGCAGCCUGCAGGAGUGAACCAUGCAGGUUCAAGUGACUGUUGAAAACUUCAAAAUGCAGCAACAACCUUUCACACGGGCGACAAGGAAACUCUGAGACAAGGGGACAAAACUUUGGGACAGUGUUAAACAUAAAACGAUGGACAUGUAGUGACAGUUAGUGUUUGCCUGGUACGGUCCGGUGUGUGUUUGUCAGUAUGUGUGUGUGUGUGUGUGUGUGGCUGAAAACAAAUCUGCAGUGUAACUGUUUUUUUCCUCACUGUAUAUUUAGGGGAUCAUCAAUAUUUUCCAGACUUACUAUGCAAACAAAACUGACAGCUUAGGUGAUUGUACAAUAGAAAACUAAGUUACAUUUUUUGUGCCUUAAAUAAAUAGUUAGACAUUUUGGGAAGCAUGCUUUUUCACUUUCUUGCUGAGAGUUUGACGAGAAGAUUGAUCUAACUCUCACACACAACCAUUAUAUAUAUGGCUGCAGCCAGCUGCUGUUUAGCUUAGCUUAGCUUAGCUUAGCUUAGCAUGAAGACUGGAGACGGGGGGAAACCGCUAGCAUGACUCCGUCCAGAGGUAAUAAAAUACAUGUAUCAUCACCUCCGAAGCUCAUAAAUUUAUACACGUAAAAACGACACGUAAAAAACAACAGUCCCAUGUUUUACAAUGGGUUUUGUUUGGGACUAUUUCUUUUUUGGCACCAUACCGCCCUCGUGAAGCACCUCAUAGUUGUUUUUACAGUCUGUUUAAUCUGCGGCAAACCCUGACGAAGUAUCAUGUUAAUUACUGAACUUAAAAGUACAGGGAAGAAGAUUUUUUUCACCUGUGGACGGAGCCAGUCCAGCUGUUUCCCCCUGUUUCCUGUCUUUAUGCUAAGAUAAGCUAACAGGCUGCGAGCUAUUAGCUAUAGCUUCAUACUUAAACAUUGGUGGUAUCAAACUUCUCAUCUAACCUCUCUCCUUAAGAAAGUGAGCCAAGCAUGUUUUCUAAAAUGCAGAAUUAUUCCUUUAAGAAUAAUUUUACAUUUUACUUGUAAAUAUUUUAGAUUUUUCUGUUGCUAGGAGACACUAUCAGCAUUUAUUAAAUUAUGAAUGAAGUCUUAUGCCUGGCCGUGUUUAUGAGAGAACCUCUCAGGGAGAUGAUGUUAGAUAAGCUUUUUCAACUCAAUUUUCUAGGAUAUAGUUCUAGUCCCAUGAUACAUUGCUAAGUAUAAGUGUCAUACAUGAGAUCUGAGACAGAGCUGAAGUGAAUGUUUGGAGCUUUUUUACCUUGAAAACGCACAUUUCUGUUCUGACAAAACAAUAAAUGGCUUAAGUGUAAAACA